UGAACAAUUGCAAAUUUCGACAUACAUUAUUAUUUUAAAUAUAGAAUUAUCUGUUGUUGUUUUUUUGGUAGAUGUUGAUAUAUAUAAAUCAUAAUGUUGAUAGAAUAGUUUCAUAUGGCUGGUCCCAAGCCCAGAUGAGAAAGAAUAAGGGUUUGGGGUGAAGAUAUCUACCCCACCUUGUAAUACCUUUAUUGCUACAGAAACAGCUAAAUAGAGAUAAUUUUACCAGCAUAGAGAGCCACCGACCCAAUAAAAGCCUUUCAAUGCAAAGAAACCAACCAUAAUUGACCAAUGGAACGUAAGGACCUUACAUCAAUGAGGAAAAUUGGCCAAACUUUUGAAAGAAUUGGACAUCCAUUGACUAUGAGAAACAUGCAUACAAAAACAACACAAGGACUCUCUAUUAUGUUUACGAGACUUCACUGAAUCAAAGAGAGAACUUUACAUUCAAUGAUCCAUCACUGGACUAUGGCCUUGAGAUCAGGACAAGUCCAAACACAAUAUAAGUGGUUUCUGAGGAUAUUGCACUUUUAAAAAAUAGCAAAUCAUGGAACAACAGGCCACAGAAAAAAGAUUCAGAGAAGACUACAACAGGCCACAGACAAAAGGGUCAGAGAAGACUACAACAGACCACAGACAAAAGGGUCAGAGAAGACUACAACAGGCCACAGACAAAAGGGUCAGAGAAGACUACAACAGACCACAGACAAAAGGGUCAGAGAAGACUACAACAGACCACAGACAAAAGGGUCAGAGAAGACUACAACAGACCACAGACAAAAGGGUCAGAGAAGACUACAACAGGCCACAGACAAAAGGGUCAGAGAAGACUACAACAGACCACAGACAAAAAGGUAAGAGAAGACUACAACAGACCACAGACAAAAAGGUCAGAGAAGACUACAACAGUUCAAAGAAGACUACAACAGACCACAGACAAAAAGGUCAGAGAAGACUACAACAGUUCAAAGAAGACUACAACAGGCCACAGACAAAAAGGUCAGAGAAGACUACAACAGUUCAGAGAAUACUACAACAGACCACAGACAAAAGGGUCAGAGAAGACUACAACAGGCCACAGACAAAAGGGUCAGAGAAGACUACAACAGGCCACAGACAAAAAGGUCAGAGAAGACUACAACAGUUCAGAGAAUACUACAACAGACCACAGACAAAAGGGUCAGAGAAGACUACAACAGGCCACAGACAAAAGGGUCAGAGAAGACUACAACAGGCCACAGACAAAAGGGUCAGAGAAGACUACAACAGACCACAGACAAAAGGGUCAGAGAAGAGCAGGCAGCUUCUGAAAAAGCAAAUCAUACCAGUAACAGAUUUUUAUUCUGCGAACCAUCGUCCAGCAAAGCCUGCAAUUCAAACAAAAGCUAAUAAUCAUUUUAGUAGAUUUAAAAAAUGGGAUUGAUAGCGUCCAUCACCAAAUCACUUUGGGAAAUAGCUAGAAAACAGAUCUUCAAAAUGAAACAGAAGUGAGACAAGGGUGUAUCUUAUCCACAUUUCUCUUUCUGCUAGCCUUUGACUAUGUCAUAAAAAAAGCAUUCUGCUUCCCAUUGCCUGAACUAUACCGAUGAAAUGAAGAGUAUAUGUGACGUUUUGGCACAACCGUUUAGGCUCGACCUUCCGCGAACCAUUAUGGGACGGGGACGUUUUGGUGCGAGAAGUUCUGACGAUAAAACUUUUUGUAAUAAAUAUUUUGUUUACACUAUGAUAUACUAUUGUAUAUAUUAUAUACUAUAUAGUGUAUAUUUCCCCCAUCCUUUUUUUUUUUAAUUGACUAUUUCAUGAAUACAUAUUGCGAUGGCUGUUUGAUAGGUUCUCAAAGUUGUCCUCUAGAUAGUCCCAGGUUCAAACCCUUACAGCUGCCAUCCCAAGUCGUCCUGUGGGAUGUUUGAGCUAGGAUUUAAUAAUGACAAUUCUGAACUAAUAUUCGAAACAUGUAAAACAUAGAAACUAUGAAAUGUCAGAUUCCUACUUUAGUCUAUGAUAUUGUCAUGUUCCCCUCCCCCUCAACAUUUAUUGGCGAGGUGGUUUUAUUGGCAUUGGAUGACAUUUUUUUAAAGUUGAAAUAAACCAUUUUCGUGUGAACAGGGAGCUGAGAGAAGUUUUACACAAACUUAUGAGCUGCCCUUGUUGUAUUCAUUACAAAGUAACUGCCUUUUACACAGAGUUUGCGCCCUGGUUGCUUGUUAACAAAGAUAAUAUGUAUGUUCAUUCAAUAUGUACGCCUAGUUUGUUUUUUUUAAACAGAUACACAUUUUUGAAAUAUUAUAGUAUAGAUAGAAGCUGCACCUACAAACAUAUAUUUAUCUAUUUAUCUUUUUUUUUUAAUAAAAAAAACAACGUUGUUAUACAUAAUAAAAGUAGUUUCCAUUUCAAAUUUUGCAAUCUAUAGGAUAGAUGAUGUAAAAGUCAUCUGUUUCUGUGGCCCACGGUUAACGAGGGAGUCAUGUGGCCAGCACAACAAAAUACUGCUUUUACUUUCCCUCAACUUAUGUCAGGUAAUCAUUAGAGCUGGGUGGACUCAGAAGCGUCUCAAAGAUCCCUAAUAAAAAAAAAUCACCAGAAUUAUCCUAGACCCCCCGUUUAGGACGCCAAACGCAGUAUCACUCAGCCACGUCGCCUCCUUUACAUAUAUGUCUUGUAUUCAUUACCCAGAAUACUAUAUUAGACUUCUAAAUCUUGUUUUUAAAAUGGUGUCAUUUCAGUAGAAACAGUUUACAUGUAGAAUUGAAAGACCUUAUGGCUCACUUUAAGUAGACGAAAUGUUGCCCUUGCAAUAGCACUUUUGGUGUUUUUGGUGUGUCUAGGUAACUGAUAUACUGACAGAGUUAUUUUCCCUGCUACAACAAUUAAAGAUGACGACUUCACUUUGUAAAAGUACACUAAAUUGUCAAUUGAGAGUCUUGUUAUUCAAUGAUUGUGUGCGUUUUAGAAACUUGUGUCUUGCUUUCAAUAAGCUGCUUGUAAUCCAGACCAAUUAUUGAUCCGACCCAACGAUUCCCUAACAAUUAAUUGCCUAAACCAAACAAACCUGGGUGACAUAGUGCCUUGAAAAAAAAAACACAUUUAUUUGACAAACACAUUACGCUUGAUAAACAACGUCCUGGCCAAAACAUGGCACUGAAUACAGUACUAGACUCGCCGUACCCUAACCAUGCAUGGCGUUAAUAACCUUGCUUAUUCCUACUGAAUACAGUACUAGACUUGCCGUACCCUAACCAUGCACUGAAUACAGUACUAGACUCGCCGUACCCUAACCAUGCACUGAAUACAGUACUAGACUCGCCGUACCCUAACCAUGCACUGAAUACAGUACUAGACUCGCCGUACCCUA